CAACAUAAUAAUCUUUUAAUUGUCAUCAUGUUAUUUAGUAGCCUCCCUAUUAUUUAGAGGCUUGGAUGUUGACUCCAUGCCAGCUGGUGGCGGCAAAGCAGCUUUAUUAUGAUUCUUUACGUCAUCAGUAAGCGCCGGGAUUAGACCCAUGUUUGGACGAGACGCACGGCGCUGUCCUGGACAUGUCUGUUUCUGAAGUGAAGUUUGUAAAGUGAAUAUUUACGGCAGUGCAGGCUCACACAGAGCAGAACGCUGCUUCAGGUGAGCGGGCGGGACCUGCAGUCGUCAGAAACAAAUCUUGCUGAGAGCUCUUAUUCAGACCCGUUUUCUGGUAAACUACAAACAGCGAUCAGACAUCUCCCCAAUGUGCCAGGUGGAGGAAGACUACCACGAGCAGCUGGAGCGCGCGGAGGUGCCCGGUGUUUCCAAGAAAUGUGUCAAAUGCAAAGAGGCGACUGCAGCCGUGGUCAUCAGAGCAGGAGAUGCAUACUGCAGGGGCUGUUUCAAGGAAUACUUCAUUCAUAAGUUCCGAGCCAUGCUGGGCAAAAACAGGAUAAUUUUCCCUGGAGAGAAGGUGCUGCUGGCUGUAUCUGGAGGUCCUUCUUCGUGCUCAAUGCUCAGUCAAGUCCAAGAGGGUUUGAGUCAGAAUGCUCACAAGAAGUUGAGAUUCGUACCUGGCAUUGUCUACAUUGAUGAGGGUGGUGCUGUAGGUCAGUCUGUGGAGGAGAGACGGAGGGUGGUGGCUGAGCUGCAGGCUGUGCUCAAAGCUACUGGCUUCCCCUUCCACAUCGUGCCUCUGGAACAGGUUCUGGAUCUUCCCAGUUCAGUUGUGGUGGCGGCCCCAUCACCUUCAGCGCGACCAGCCAGCGCCUACAAAGCAGCUGUGGAUCACUUCAUUCAGAUCGACAGCAGCAGCAGUGUGACCCCGCAGGAGAAGGAGGAAACGCCACUGCCUGACGUUCAGGAGUCCCACACACACUUACUGCAGCAGCUGAUUGGCUCUGCUAAGACACUGACGGCCAGAGAAGACCUGCUGAACACGUUAAGGCAGCAUCUGCUGGUGCACACUGCUCGUACUGAAGGCUACAGUAAACUGAUGCUGGGAGACAACUGCACCAGACUGGCUGUUAAACUGCUCACCAGCAUAUCACUGGGCAGAGGCGCACAGCUGGCUCAGGACACGGGGUUCUCAGACUCCAGGUAUGGUGACAUAAUACUAGUGAGGCCAAUGAGGGACUACUCGGCUAAAGAAAUAGCUUUCUACAACCGGAUGUUCAGCGUUCCGUCUGUUUUCAUACCAAGCCUGGACACCAAGACAACAGACAAGGCCAGUAUCCAGCGUCUGACGGAGAGCUUUGUCACUAAACUGCAGGCAGACUUCCCCUCGACCGUCAGCACCAUCUACAGGACCAGUGAGAAGCUGCAGACAGCAUGUAAGAGCUCCACCACAGCCGACCACUUUGACAGAUGUCUGCUCUGCAUGUGCGCCCUGGAUACUGCUGUUGAGAAUGCAUCAGCCUUCAAGGCCACACUGAUCUCAGAGCAGCUUUCCCAGACUAAAUCUCCAGGAGCUACCAGUGCUGACGUCCCAGGACAAAACCCAGCUCCAGUGGAGUCAGAAUCCACUGCUCCCACUGGGCAGUGCUGUCCCUCUGGUGGAGGAGAGGAUUGUGGGACAGCAGCAGGGGGUAAAGGCUGCUGUUCUUCUGCCAAGGGACCAGAGACGGCUGAUCUGAAGAGCCUGCUGUGUUACAGCUGUCAGCUGACCAUCAAAGACAUGUCGUCAUUGGAACGUCUCCCGCAGUACAUCCUCUCAGAGGCUCAGAGGAGGCAGAGGAGGUCUCAGAUGAGAGAGGAGAUCGGCGAGUUCCUGCUGGAUGAUGGUGAUGAAGGAGAUUAGAGGGAGGAGGCAAAGCUGAUGAAACAGAAGUGAAGCUGAAUGUUCACUCAGAAAGAAUUUACUUGGCCAUUUUUACUUGUUUCAUCCUGCAGGGAGUGGAGACAUUUCAUAUAAAUGCUUAAGAAAUAUAUUAACAUGUAUAGAAUUUCUUCAAUUCUACUUCCUGUUAUUCUGUGUGGGGUCACAGGGGCUAGAGCCUAUCCCUGCCUGCAGGGAGUGAGAUGUGGUAGGUGCCAGCCUGAAAACGUUGGUGUGGGUGUGUGAUACCAGUGAGACAGGAAAUCUAUCCAGGAAGUCCAGUUUGAUUAAUUACAGAUCCAUGAGUUUGAAGAUUUAGCAUCAAAACACUGUACAGAUGUUUAUAAUACACUCACACAGGAUUUUACAACUAUUUUAUCUUCUGUCGUCUCAAUCACAAGGUCAAUUGUAGGAAUACAGUGUUGACAUUACAAAGUAAUCCACCAUGAAUCUGCACUCGCAUGAUUGGUCACCACAGCGUGUUGUUAAUGACAACAUGUUAAGUUGCAGCAAAGCCUAGUUCUGAUCUGAGAACAGAUCAGUUUGAGAUUUUAUAUUUGUUAUUGCUGCUAUAAUAAACUUUUGAGUCUUUAUUUAAA